UUUAGAUGAUAUGAUGCACAGACAUAAAUCUUUAGAGUGCAAAUUUCUCUGUUUGACUCUGGGUCACGGUCGUUGGGGCACCACUCGUUGGACGAGUAUUUCCUCGUUCACCCAAGUCUCUCACACGUUCUUCACCGCACAAACGAUACCGUUCCCCACCUGAACUUCCGGUAAUCCUAAGAGAGACAGUAUAAAUAUAGCCAGAAAGGCUUCACAUAUAUAUGACAGUAUCUUCAAGUCUGUCUUGUGGAUCACAAGGAAGUCAGGAAGUUCCUUGACUUUAUGGUGGUGCCAAUCACGAGACAUAAUGGCACCAAAACUCACCCUUAAAUGUCUAAUACUUGCUACAGCGAUAGCAACUGUUUCUGCCACAUUUGGGAAAGAACACGUACAUAUAAGAAUACAUUUAAAAGAACCAGAACACCAUGAAUCAAAAAUAAUUCAAUCUCACGAUGACCAUGGUCAUGGGGGCGGUGGAGGAUAUGGAGGAGGAGGAGGAGGAGGUGGUGGCGGGGGAGGUCACAUAGAAUUUACGAGUCCAGGAGGUGGAGGAGGCUUUGGAGGCGGUGGCCACGAUGAUUUCGGUGGAGGAUUUGGAGGUGGUGAUUUCGGCGGAGGCCACGGUGGAGGUGGGGGCGGUGGUUACGGUGGAGGAGGAGGAGGUGGUGGACACGGAGGAGAUGAUUUCGGAGGUCAUGGUGGAGGAGGUGGUUUCGGAGGAUAUGGGGGUGGAGGAGGAGGAGGUGGACACGGAGGAGAUGAUUUUGGAGGCCACGGUGGAGGCGGUGGCUUCGGAGGACACGGAGGAGGAGGAGGAGAUGAUUUUGGAGGCCACGGUGGAGGCGGUGGUUUCGGAGGAUACGGAGGAGGAGGAGGCGGUGGUGGUGGAGGACACGGAGGAGGAUUCGGAGGUGGACAUAUUAUAAUCAGUGACAUAGGAGGUGGAGGCGGUGGUCACGGAGGUGGACAUGGAGGAGGCGGUGGUUUUGGAGGCGGACACGGAGGAGGUGGUUAUGGAGGCGGUGGAGGACAUGGAGGAGGUGGUUUCGGAGGCGGUGGCGGUCACGGAGGAGGUGGUUAUGGAGGCGGCGGUGGACACGGGGGAGGAGGAGGUCAUGGAGGCGGCGGAGGACACGGAGGAGGUGGUCAUGGAGGCGGCGGAGGUCACGGAGGAGGUGGUUAUGGAGGCGGCGGAGGAGGUGGUGGAUUUGUAGUCAGUUCUAGCUUCGGAAGUAGUGGUUAUGGAGGCGGUGGUCACGGAGGUGGAGGUGGAGGUGACGACCAUUCUUACGCAUCCAGUGGCCUUUCUUCUGGUUUUGGAAGCAGCGGUCACGGAUCUUCGGGACUCGGAAGUUAUUCGGGAGGACAUGGAGGUGGAUCUUCGUUCAGUGGAGGGGAUUCAUAUUCAAGCGGACAUGGAUCGUCAUUUGGAGGCGGAGGUGGAGGCCAUGGGGGUGGAGGUUCUUACUCGGGAGGUCACGGGGGUGGGGGAUCAUUCUCGGGAGGUCACGGAGGCUCAUUUGGAGGCGGUGAUUCCUACUCCAUUGCUCACAGUGGAGGUUCGUCGUUCGGUGGUGGAUACUCUGCACCCUCUGGAGGUGGAGGAGGAGGAGGAGGCGGCGGCCAUGGUGGAUUUGCUGGUUACCCAUAGAGAUUAAUUUAUAAUUUUGUAAAAUUAAAUUUUCUCUCAAAAGAGAAUUUCUUCAAAGACUUUUUUGUAAACAGAAAUUAGAUUUAAAUUCUACUUUCGAGUUUUUGCAAUUUUAGAUGUAAGUUAUUUUUUUUUAGUAAACAUCCCCAUUAAUUUAGUAAAUUAAUUGUUUUCUACUGUUCUAUUUUAACAAUUAUUGUAUGACUCGAUUUUGAUUGUAUUUUUUUUUAAUUUUAGUGCAUUCGCACUAUGAAUUUUUGUUUCUAUAUGAAACAUCUAGGAAGAGGAAUUGUUUAAAUUUGAAAAUAGAAAUUCUUUUUUCUAGAUGUUUUAUUAAUUUAUUAUUAUUUUUUUUAGGAUUGACAAUUUUCAUCUAAUAAUUUAUUAUUGACUUUGCUUGAAUAAGCUAUUGUUACAUGUAAUUUUCGUAGUGCUUGCAUAUUUUGAUGAUUCUUUUUUUUUUUGUUACUGUCGGUUUUUUUUUGUGUUCUUGUUUCUUUUAGAACAAAAUGUGUUGACGAGAAACGCAGUCGUUUCAAAAGAUGUGAUAAACAACAUUGUUGUUUCCGCCAAACUGUUUUUAUUUUUUAUAGAAUACUUUUUCUGUAAAUAUUUCUGCUUUUGCAGCGUUGCUUUUUGUAAUAAAACAUUUACAAUUUCUAA